AUGUCGAACCCUUUUCGUAGACCAGCGCCUACACCAAAGAGCGCUCUCGGUUAUCACCGCGUCCUGGCUCCCACGGCUGGCGUGCGGGUCUCGCCAUUAUGCCUUGGAACGAUGAACUUUGGCACCGAAUGGGAAUCGUUUAUGGGUGAAUGCUCGAAAGAAAAUGCCUUUGCCAUCCUUGACGCUUUCUACGAGAAUGGAGGCAAUUUCAUUGAUACAGCCAACAAUUAUCAGUUCGAGCAAGCAGAGCAAUGGCUCGGAGAAUGGAUGAAGGCUCGAGGAAAUCGCGACCAAAUCGUCCUUGCGACUAAAUAUACAGCAAACUUUCGCGCUGCACACUUUAACAAAGAGCCCAUCCAGUCUAACUUUUCGGGUAACUCGAUGAAAUCCAUGCACAUCUCCAUCAAGAAGAGUCUGGAGAAGCUGCAAACAGACUACAUAGAUCUAUUCUAUGUGCACUGGUGGGACCUCACAACUGGCGUAGAAGAAGUCAUGCAUGGCUUGAAUUCGUUGAUCACAGCUGGCAAAGUGCUAUACCUCGGUAUUUCCGAUACUCCUGCUUGGGUUGUUGUUAAGGCCAAUGACUACGCUCGUGCCAAUGGUCUCCGACCUUUCUCGGUGUACCAGGGCAAAUGGAACGCCUCGUUUCGAGACUUGGAGAGAGAGAUUAUCCCCAUGUGUCGUGAUCAAGGAAUGGGCAUUGCUCCCUGGGCGGCUCUUGGUCAGGGAAGAUUUAAGAGUGCUGCUGCACGAGAGGCUGCCCAUACGGGAGCCGGAAGAGCAGCCCAAUUGUCUGAAAACGAGGUUCGCGUGUCUGACGCCUUGGAAGCCGUUGCGAAUCGCAAGAAUGCUAGUUUGCACGCCGUGGCCUUGGCAUACGUUCUUCAGAAGACACCAUAUGUCUUCCCAAUUAUCGGACAACGAAAAGUCGACCAUCUCCUUGCCAACAUUGAGGCCCUCAAAAUCGAGCUGACAUCCGAAGACCUCGAUCAAAUCGACUCUGCGAUACCCUUUGACCCGGGCUUCCCGAACAGCUUCCUUGUUGAGAAGUAUAAUCUGAAUGUUACUAGCUCAGAUCUGUGGUCAGCCAAGUUGGCCGGUCAUCUCGAUUCUGUGGAACACCAGCGAGCAAUCAAGCCGCAUGAGGAAUAA